AUGGGUUCCUUGAGCCUAGGUCAACGCCGGUCAUUUGAUGGUCAUCUAUGCACUAUCCGUCAUGUUGGCACAGUGCAAGGAACCACAGGCGACUGGCUAGGCGUCGAAUGGGACGAUGCAACUCGUGGAAAACACUCAGGAGAGCAUAAGGGAAUUAGAUACUUCUCGUGCAAAAGCAACCAACCUACAGCGGGGUCUUUCGUUCGCCCCUCCAGGCCAUCAGACCAACCCCGGAGCCUUCUAGAAGCCCUGCGGGAGAAGUAUGCAUCUGAGCCUGUACCAAGCACUUCCUCGGAUGCAUUGGCUGGGGCCACAGCUCCAAAAAACGCAAUAGAAAUCAGCGGUAAAGUCGUCGAGGAAGUUGGCUUCGACAAGAUUCGGAGACAGCUUGCAGAGCUCCAGGAAUUGCGCAUUGUCUUACUUGAUGGCCUACGGGUGGUGGGGGUCUUGCCAUCCUAUGAGCAAGACCAGGACUCAGACAGUGAUGCGGCUCGACAGAUUGGCCUGACUUGUCCCAAGAUCAUAGAACUUGAUCUGAGCCGAAGUCUGCUGAGCCGAUGGAGUGACCUUUGGCAAAUAUGCAACCAGCUCAAGCAUUUGAAGCGGCUGAAACUGAAUGGCAAUCGGUUCCAAAAUUUGGAGGACAACCUGGUCUUCAAAGGAAUCACAGAGCUGCAUUUAGAGGAGACACUAUUGAGUUGGAAUGAAGUUGCUGAAAUUGCAUCACGAUUCCCAGGACUGACGUCUCUGACUGCAUCCGCGAAUCAGCUCACUGAAAUAUCGUGUGAACUCCCAAGCACAAUAACAACCCUGACUCUCGAGCACAACGAGAUUACCUCAAUAUCAGCAUUGCGCCAUCUAUCUGCACUCCCAAAUCUACAACAUCUCUCUGUCCGAGGGAACUCCAUCAGCACCGCCAACAAGGACACAACCACUUUCCAAUUCCCCCCAACCCUCCGCUCCCUCGACAUCUCCCGCAACAACAUUACCUCCUGGACCAUUCUCAACGAUCUACCCACCAUCUUCCCAGGCCUAACCACCCUCCGAAUCUCUGGCAACCCCCUCUUCGACCAACCACCCCUCCCACCAUCCAUCACAGCUGCAUCAGCAUCAGACUCCAAACCAAUGACCGUCGACGAAGCAUUCAUGCUAACCCUCUCCCGCUUCCCACCAACCCUCACAACCCUAAACUACAGCACCAUAACACCCCAAGACCGACUAAACGCCGAAAUGUACUACCUCUCCCUAAUCGGCAAAGAACUCUCCGCAACAACCGAAUCAGAAGAACCAGCUAUCCUAGCCACUCACCCCCGCUACACAGAACUGUGCAACCUCUACGUCGAACCAAGAAUCACCAGAAAAACCAGCCCAAACGCCGGUUCACGAGUGAUCCAUCCACGAUCCAUAGCAGCCCGACUAGUCAAGAUGUCAUUCCGAUACCAGACAGACUCUCAAUGCCAACAAGUCCUAAAGGAGAUUCCAGGCUCCUUCGACACAUACCAGGUUAAGGCAUUGGUGUCUCGACUCUUUGGACUUCCUGCGUUUGGAUUCAGGUUGAUUUGGGAGACAGAGGAGUGGGAUCCUAUCGAGAAAGAAGCUGCUGAUGAGGCUGCUGAUUGGGAUGAGAGUGAUGAUGAGGUUGGUGAGACGGGGCGAGAUGCUGGCCCUGAUGAGAGUCGGUUUAUGCGACGGGAGGUUGAUUUAGUGGAAUCGACUAGGGAUAUUGGAUUUUUGUUCCAGGAUCAGGAGGGAGAGGUCAAAGUUCGAGUUGAAUGUGACGCAAAUUAG